CCUAGCUUUUCCAGCUGUGGGCGCGGACAGCAYUGGCCAAGCGAUCGGCUCCGGCCAGACUAUGGCAACAUAUCUGGAGUUCAUUCAGCAGAAUGAAGAACGAGAUGGUGUACGUUUCAGUUGGAAUGUGUGGCCUUCCAGCCGUCUUGAGGCCACGAGAAUGGUUGUUCCACUGGCUUGUCUCCUUACUCCUUUGAAAGAACGACCAGACCUGCCUCCUGUACAGUAUGAACCUGUGCUUUGCAGCAGGCCAACUUGCAAAGCUGUUCUCAAUCCACUUUGUCAGGUUGAUUAUCGAGCAAAACUUUGGGCUUGUAAUUUCUGUUUCCAGAGAAAUCAGUUUCCUCCAGCUUAUGCAGGCAUAUCUGAGGUGAAUCAACCUGCUGAAUUGAUGCCUCAGUUUUCUACAAUUGAGUAUGUGAUACAGCGAGGUGUACAGUCUCCUCUGAUCUUUCUCUAUGUGGUUGACACAUGCCUGGAGGAAGAUGACCUUCAAGCUCUCAAAGAAUCCCUGCAGAUGUCCCUGAGUCUCCUUCCUCCAGAUGCUCUGGUGGGUCUGAUCACUUUCGGAAGGAUGGUGCAGGUUCAUGAACUGAGCUGUGAAGGAAUCUCCAAAAGUUAUGUCUUCCGAGGGACCAAGGAUUUAACUGCAAAGCAAAUACAGGAUAUGCUGGGUUUGUCUAAGCCAGCCAUGCCCAUGCUGCAAGCAAGACCUGCUCAACCUCAGGAGCACCCUUUUGUUUCAAGCAGAUUUCUGCAGCCCAUUCAAAARAUUGAUAUGAACCUCACUGAUCUUCUUGGGGAGCUGCAGAGAGACCCAUGGCCAGUAACUCAAGGGAAGAGACCUUUGAGAUCCACUGGUGUUGCUUUGUCCAUUGCUGUUGGUUUAUUGGAGGGUACUUUCCCAAACACAGGAGCCCGUAUCAUGCUAUUUACUGGAGGUCCCCCCACACAAGGGCCUGGCAUGGUGGUUGGRGAUGAAUUAAAGAUUCCUAUUCGUUCCUGGCAUGAUAUUGAGAAGGAUAAUGCACGGUUCAUGAAAAAGGCAAYCAAGCACUAUGAGAUGCUUGCUAAUCGAACUGCUGCAAAUGGUCACUGCAUUGAUAUUUAUGCUUGUGCCCUUGACCAAACUGGACUAUUGGAGAUGAAGUGUUGUACAAAUCUUACUGGAGGCCACAUGGUGAUGGGAGAUUCUUUCAACACUUCUCUCUUCAAGCAGACAUUCCAAAGAAUCUUUAGUAAAGAUUUUAAUGGAGAUUUCCGAAUGGCAUUUGGUGCUACUUUAGAAGUAAAGACAUCUCGGGAACUGAAGAUUGCUGGUGCCAUUGGUCCAUGUGUAYCUUUAAACGUGAAAGGACCCUGUGUGUCAGAAAAUGAGCUUGGUGUUGGUGGCACGAGUCAGUGGAAAAUCUGUGGUCUGGAUCCUACAUCUACACUUGGCAUCUACUUUGAAGUUGUCAAUCAGCACAAUGCCCCGAUCCCCCAAGGAGGCAGAGGUGCCAUCCAGUUUGUCACGCAGUAUCAGCACUCCAGUACCCAGAAGCGCAUCCGUGUGACCACCAUUGCCCGAAAUUGGGCAGAUGCACAGAGUCAGCUCAGGCACAUAGAAGCUGCAUUUGACCAGGAGGCUGCAGCAGUUUUGAUGGCACGGCUUGGAGUGUUCCGGGCAGAAUCAGAGGAGGGGCCCGAUGUGCUCCGAUGGUUGGACCGACAACUCAUCCGACUGUGUCAGAAGUUUGGACAGUAUAACAAAGAAGACCCCACUUCUUUUAGGUUAUCAGAUUCCUUUUCUCUAUAUCCUCAGUUCAUGUUCCAUCUUAGAAGAUCUCCAUUUCUUCAAGUGUUUAACAACAGUCCUGAUGAGUCGUCCUAUUAUAGACACCACUUUGCCAGGCAGGAUCUGACUCAGUCUCUCAUCAUGAUCCAGCCCAUUCUCUACUCCUACUCAUUCCACGGGCCACCAGAGCCAGUUCUCUUGGAUAGCAGCAGCAUUCUGGCGGACAGAAUUUUGCUGAUGGAUACUUUCUUCCAAAUUGUCAUUUAUCUUGGUGAGACCAUAGCCCAGUGGCAGAAAGCUGGCUACCAAGACAUGCCUGAGUACGAAAAUUUCAAGCACCUUUUGCAGGCACCAUUGGAUGACGCUCAAGAAAUUCUGCAAGCCCGCUUCCCAAUGCCACGUUACAUCAACACGGAGCAUGGUGGUAGUCAAGAAACUGGAGCACCCAUCCUCACUGACGAUGUCAGCCUCCAGGUGUUCAUGGAUCAUUUGAAGAAAUUGGCUGUCUCCAGUGCCUGUUAA